AUGGAUAUUAAAUUGGCAGUUUGGAAUAUUAGAGGAAUGAAUAAUAGUGCUAAACAGAAUGAAGCUAUUAAGUUGAUGAGGAAUGGGAAGCUGCAAGUGUGUACUUUUAUUGAAACACAUUUAAAGCUGAACACAAUCCAGAAAGCUGGGAAUAAAUUUUUUGGAAGUUGGGAGUGGGUUUCAAAUGUGCAGAUCACUCCAACUUGUUACAGAAUAUUAACUCGUUGGAACCCAAAUACUGUCAACCUGAUGGUUAUUGACUCUUCCAAGCAGUCUCUUCUCUGCAGUAUUGAGGUAUUUUCUAGUAGAAUAAAUUUUUUUUGCAGUUUUAUUUAUGCUAGUAAUAAUGGUAGUGAAAGGAAAAGUUUAUGGAGAGAACUAGGAUUACAAAAACAGUUUGUUGGUAAUAGUCCUUGGGUGUUGAUGGGAGACUUUAAUGUCACUCUGGACAUGAAUGAACAUUCUAGUGGGGGCUCUUAUAGAACUAUAGAAAUGCAAGAUUUUCAAGAUGCUGUCAAUUUUCUGGAAAUUGAGGAUAUUAGAAGCACUGGUUUUAACUUUACUUGGACUAAAUCUUUGAAGAAUAGCAAGUGUUCAGUUCUUAAGAAGCUUGACGGAAUCAUGUUUAAUGAAGAAUUCCAGAAAUGUUUUCAAGCUCAUGGUGAGUUUCUGCCUUAUAGUGUAUAUGAUCAUAGUCCAGCAGAAUUAAUAAUUUUGGGUGGUCAUGGUAAAAAGGCAAGAUCCUUUAGAUUUUCUAACUUUGUUGCUGACAAAGAAGAAUUUAAGGAGAUUGUUAGUACAGAGUGGGAUGAUGGUAUUCAUGCGUAUCAUAUAUACAAGCUUACCCAGAAUUUAAAGAAGCUGAAAAAGCCUUUAAACGAAUUGAGCUGGAGUUAUGGGAAUAUCUUUGAGAAAGUGAAUGAGUUGAAGGAAAAAUUGUCUAAAGCUCAAGAGGCGGUUGACAAGGACCCACAUAAUGAGGAUUUUAGGGUGGAAUCAGCUAAUGCUUUAAAUAUGUAUAUGGAGGCUGCAAAUGAUGAGGUUAAAUUGCUGCAACAAAAAGCUAAGAUUCAAUGGAUGAAAGACGGUGACAGGAAUACAACAUAUUUCCAUGGAAUUUUGAAAGCUAGAAAACAUAAAAAUAGAGUUGAAAGUAUAUGUGAUGAAGAAGGGAGAAGAUUUGAAGGUCAGGAAGUUGCAGAACAGUUUGUUAAACAUUUUGAGCAAUUUCUGGGAAGAACUGACAAUGUAGUACCAAUUAUGGAGGGAAUCUUUGAUAAAGUCCUGAAGUUUGAAGGAGCUUUGCAUAUGAUUAGGCCAGUUACUGACUCUGAAUUAAAAGAUGCAAUGUUCAGUAUUGGUAGCAAUAAAGCUUCUGGCCCUGAUGGAUACACAUCUGCAUUUUUUUAUGAAAGCAUGGGACAUUAUGGGUGUAAGAGUGUGUUUGGCUAUUAA